CAUACCUAGACUUAGUACCAUCGUCAAACCACGCCAACAGCCACCGCAGACUUCAAGAAGAACACCCUUGAAGGAGAAGUCAAGCAAGAAUCUACGACUAUGUCCUCCGCAUCACCUUCCCGUGAGCGCCGGCGUCUAGUAGGCGUCUCAACAAAAAUGUACUUCUCCCACGCCCGCACCACCAACUUCAUCACCUCCUUCCUCGACCUCAUGCAACACCACACCUCCACCAAAACCGAGCAGUCCAACGACAACAGAAACAACCUGGCUGCCGCCCUCGCCUCCAAGAUUGACAUAUUCAUCAUCCCCGACCACCUCUCUUUGCAGUCUGCCAUCAACCGCACCGCCAACCACCCAAGUCAAUCUGGCCCAACUGAUCCCAAAAUCCUCUUCGGCGCGCAAAACUGCCACUGGGAAGAUUCCGGUCCGUUCACAGGCGAGGUAUCUCCCGCCGUCCUGGCCGAGGUAGGGUGCAGCAUAGUUGAACUCAACCACGCUGAACGGCGCCGCCACUUUGCCGAAACAGAUGCCAUCACCUGCCUCAAAGCUCAGGCAGUCAUACGAAACGGGAUGAUCCCCCUCAUCUGCGUUGGCGAAGGCUCCCCUGGUCAAAUACCUGCCUUGAGCGAGGUAGCAAUCAUGAAAGCGGCGGCGGAGGUGGUCGACCAAGUAGAACUUUGCCUAGAGGGCGUUGACCCCACAAAAGAAGUUUGGCUGGCUUACGAACCUGUUUGGGCUAUUGGUGCAAAGGAGCCUGCGGGGGUGGAACAUGUGAGGGGGGUGGUGAGGACUAUACGAAAAAGUGAGGUGGUGAGGGGGAGGGAGGAAAGGGGCGGGGUGACGAGGAUUUUGUAUGGAGGGAGCGCGGGGCCGGGGUUGUUUGGACAACUGAAAGAGGUUGAUGGAGUAGAUGGGUUGUUUUUGGGGAGGUUUGCGCAUGAGGAGGGGCAGUUUUGGAAGACGAUUUGUGAGGUUGCUGAGGUCGAGUGGGAAGGGAGGUGAGGUCUUAAUUGUUCUUGGACGUACGGAGGAGAUUAGCUUGCGAUGGGUGUAUUGGAACAGCUCAGCCAUCGUGGAUUGCAAAGGCGUGUGAACUGCUUGUGCUUUAAGAAUGAAAAUGAGUGAUGAGCAGUGAAGU